AUGGGUCAUGGUCGCGGCCGCCAACAUCACCGAGGCGUAACUCAAAGCCUCGAACCAAUCCUUCAGCUACGGGUGCGGCAACCUGCCAUCGAAGUCUGCAUCAACACCCUUGGCCGCAAGUCUGAGGCCCCCAGCGACACAGCUGUCCUGUCCCCUCAUGGAAACCAUAUCACUACGGCUCCUGCGCCCACUGAAGUGGCCGACGGCUCCGGCAGUGCUGACAAGCCUCUCGGGCGGUUGAACUCGGUCCACCAGGGCCACUACUGCAACCUCUUCGGCGUCAAGUUCGAUAUCAUCCUGUCGGUAGCUGUGGGCACAAUUUUUGGCCUUCUGUCGGAUUAA